UGCCGCUUCAGAAUGAAGACCUUAGUAGUGUUCGACUUCGAUCACACUAUAGUGGAUGAAAACAGCGACACUUGGGUGAUCCGCUGCACCCCCGACCAGAAGUUACCGGACUGGCUGGAGAAGUCCUACCAGAGGGGCAGGUGGACCGAAUAUAUGGGUCGAGUGUUGACCUACAUCGGAGACCAGUCCGUCCGGCCGGAGCACAUGCGCGCGGUCAUGGAGAGCAUCCCGUUCACCGACGGCAUGACCGAGCUCCUGACCUUCAUAUCCGAGAAUAAGAAGCACAUCGACUGCAUUAUCAUCUCCGACUCGAACACUUUAUUCAUAGACUGGGCUUUGCAGGCGUCGGGGUUGAAAUCCGCAGUAGAUGACGUCUUCAGCAACCCCGCGAACAUCGAUGCGCGCGGGUACGUGAGCUUGCGCUGCUUCCACGCGCAUGCCUGUAAAGAGUGUCCGGUAAACCUGUGCAAGAGAAGGGUGCUGCGGGAUUUCACGGAGAACCGGGCGAAAGAUGGCCUGCGUUAUGAGCGGAUUUGCUAUAUAGGAGACGGAGGAAACGACUUUUGCCCUGUUAAAGAGCUGACAGAGGGCGACAUUGCAAUGCCAAGGAAAGGAUUCACCCUGGAGAAACUGUUGCGCAAAGGCAUUUCUGAGGGUUCAAACGAGCUCAGGGCCAAAAUUAUGCCCUGGACUAGUGCCAAAGAAAUCCUUCAGGAAUUAAGAGCUCUAAUUGAGUGAUAUAUAGUGUUAUGAGCAAUAUCGUGAGAUUCCGACACGAUUAUUGAAAGCGUCCGUCAAACAACUUGAUUAGGUAACUUGGGUGUUUUGGUAACGUAACGCUUUACAAUGAGGUCUUCAUUGAAUGCAUUCACUAAUAUGUAAACAAUUAUCAGCAAUUAUUAACCUUUACAAAUGCUACUUCACUGUGCAUUAACUAAUGUUGAUCUUUAAAAAAAACAUAUGUAAAUGUUGAGAUUAUAACAGAUUCAUAUUUUUGUGAGAUAGAUUUACAUAUAAACGUAUGGAUUUAUAUAUAGAUUAUAUAUAAAUUCAUCCUCAAACUACUUGAUAAAAUUACUUGAGUAUAAAGUAAUGUCUGUAUAUUGGUAACACUUUACAAUAAGGUCUCUCCUUCAUUGAAUGCAUUCACUAAUAUGUAAUCAACUCUCCUACUUUGCAUUUGGGUUGCACGGUUUACCGGUAGAACUAUGGUAGUAUCGCGAUACUAUGGCUCCAAAAUACUGGCGAUGCUACUGUAGUUUGCGAAAGGUGGUAUCGUGAUUAAUAGUUUAUCUACAAUUAAUAACGUUGCAUGUGGAAAAGACACUAAAAAGAUCACUCGUUUGCGCAACAAUAGACCACUUUAUUUUUAUAGUCUGUGGAGCCCUUUAAGGUUGCAAAACUGUAGAAUUGGCGCCUUUUAUGGUAGCGUAUUGCAUGUUUUCUAACACAUCAGUUCGAACGCACAUCUGUUCAUUUCUGUUCCUGUUAAUAUGAUUUAGUAGCUACUUCAACCGCGACUCUCUUUAAAAGAAAGACUCACAAAGGGAAAUUUUGAAUUACUUUGGAUUGUUACCUGAUAAGACUGAAAAAAAUAUAUAGAUGAAAACCCAAAAUAGCAACAGGAAACAAUUUUUGACCACUUCAUUUGGCCUAAUUUUGUUGGAAAAAUGCUCUUUUUUUGUAACAAAUUUCAUUUGGUAUAAUUUGUAUCUUUAUUUUAAUGUAUUUUUUGUUGUAAGUGAGGUGCAGAUAAUACUUUUUGUUCUUAAGGGAAUCAUGCAUCAAAUUCAAGUAAGCCUAUUAUAACAUAAAAAAAGAUAUUUCUUGUCAUUUUCUUUAUAAUUUCAGUUAUGAAUUACGGUAUCGCAAUACAACUUGGUAUUGUGAUACUUUAGCUGGUUUAGUAUCGUAAGAUUAACUAAUGGUAUAGCGACAACCCUACUUUGCAUUCACUAUUGCUGACAAACACCACUCUCGAUCUUAAAAACAUAUGUAAAUGUUGAGAUUAUAACAGAUUAAUAAUUUUGUGAGAUUUAUAUAUACAGUUGAAGUCAGAAUUAUUAGCCUCCCUUUUGAACUUAUUUCUCUUUUUUAAAUAUUUCCCAAAUGAUGUUUAACAGAGCAAGGACAUUUUCACAGUAUGUUUCUAUUUUUGAUAUAUGAUUAUAUUUUUUCUUCUGGAAAAAGUCUUAUUUGUUUUAUUUCAGCUCAAAUAAAAGCAGUUUUUAAUAUAAAAAAAAAAAAAAAAAA